ACCUUGCCGCCCAGGAUCGAUUUCCAUUAUUCUCUUUCUCAAAUUAUUGCUCAGUUGCUCGCAAACGCAUGUGUUUUUUGAUGUGCGGUACGUCAAAAUUUUAUUCCGAUAAUCGAAGCUUAUAGUAAAAAUUGACUGUCGCAAUUUGCAGAAGGUAUCAAAGACGAAAUUUACUGCCCUCUGGAUUUAAUCUAGUAACCGCGGGUUUAGGAGUUACGACAGUGCUUCGAUUUAAUUAGUGUUCGAAUUUUUGUGAAUGGAUUCCGACCCCGAGGUUGUGUUGGUAGAUAAAGUGGAUGAGGACGAACUCUCGACGGAUAAGGAUAGUGGAAUGGAAUCAGCAGGCAAUAGCAAAGAUGAUACUCCAGAGCGAAAACAGACCACAGAUGAAGGAUUUUCUCAACAGCAACCGACAAAAUCGGAACCAAUAGUUUCUAGUCCCGCACCUAAGCCGCAGCCGGUACCGAAAGCUGCGCCGAUUGCUACGCCUGCUGCCAUCAAAAACAAGGAUGAUGAAUAUGAUGACGAACCGGAUGAAAGCCUCUCCGAGCGGCUCUGGGGACUGACCGAAAUGUUCCCCGAAGGGGUACGAAGUUUCUCUGGUGCCGUGACGGAUUUUUCCGUUGCCAGUGUGAAAACCCUUUACAAAUUCACCUGCAAUGCUUCGUGGAUAUUCUUUACCAGCUCGAUGAUUUUAUUCGCGCCGGUUGUCUUCGAAGUAGAACGCGCUCAGAUGGAAGAAAUGCAAAAAACACAACAGAAACAAGUACUCCUGGGACCGGGAUCAGCUGUCGGUGGUACUCCUGGUGGAAUACCGGCUAUGCCUCCGAUGGCGGCGCGAUAAUUUGAUCGUUUGGCAAUGGCUAUAAUGCGGAUAUACACAGUUUUGCUGGGCAGGAGAAAAACAUUUUCAGUGAGUUUCGAGCAACAUGUGGUGGAAUUCAUACAAGUAUCAUCAGACUGGAACGGUACCCUAGAAGAGUGUAGGAAAGGUUAGGUCGUAUAAACGUUUCCUGUAUUGAGUUCAAUUCUAAAAACGUACGAGAAGUCUUGUCUGGAGCAAAUUGAUUAUAAAUAAACUUACCUAAAUCUGUCUAGAAACUGUUACUAGUAGUCUUACCCUUAAUAAACAGCAGUGAAAUACAAA